GCGCCCCCGCCCCGCCCGCGCCGCCGCCGCCGCCGCUGUCACCGUCACCGCCACCGCUGUCAGCAGCCGGCUCCGGUGCCGACACCCCCGCAGCAGCGGCAGGUACCUUUGCUGAGAGGUGGCAGAGCAGCCUCAGGACACCACCAUGAUGGAGGAUCACGCACCUGGCCAGGAAAAACACUUCUCAACAGGCUAUCCCCUUCAGAUACCAGUCGAUGAUGGAUCGGAUGAGCCUGUUUCUGAAACCUCUGACGCUAAGAGCACCCCAACUACGGAAGAUGCCACAGCACCUUUAGUGGAGGAAGGAGACCACGAGGAGCAGGGUGGUGCGGAACAGCACGGGGAGAUCCCAGAAGGAACCACAGCUGAGGAGGCGGGCGUGGGAGCCACUCCCAACCUGGAGGACCACGCUGCAGGAGAUGCCUCUCAAGCUCCGGGCGAGCCGGGCUCUGCCAAGCUCCAGCCUGGCCCUCAGGAGCGUGUGGGAGAGGCAGGGAAAGGUGCCAGCCAGCCCCCAGAGCAGGGGCUGGGCCCUCAGCAGCCGCCCCUGCCCCGUGAAGCCAAAGCUCCAGCAGCAGCUCCCACCAGGAUCGAGGUCACCAUCCCCAUCCCCCUGGACAUGUACCAAGGCUCUGGAGGCAGCGGUGCAGAGCCAGAGCUGGGCCUGGCAGGAGCAGGAGGCGCAGGUGACCUCAAGGAUGGACCCUUGUGUGCCAGAGCCACCAUCAAGGAAGGUUCUGGUGGACGGCAGAGGGAUGAGGACCGGGAUGUUGAUGAAGCUCCUGGGCAGGGUUUGCCUUCCCUCGUGGAUCAGCGCGUUUCUCCGGGACCUGAAAAGGGUUCGUGGCCAGCAGCUGCCCAGGAGACUCGUGAAGAAUCUGAUGGGGAAAACAAGUCCAAAGGUGUCCUCAGAGACACCCCAGGAGAGGCACUUGUGGUUGAAGCUGAGUCACAUAAAGCAGGAGAGGACCAAGAGGAGAAGCGAGAGCUGCUGGGGGGAGAAGGUGCAGACACCCCCCUGCCAGAGCCUUCUGGAAGUGCCCCCCAGAAAGAAGCUGAGCCCAAGGAGGGAGAAGACUCUGGGCCCAUGCUGGAAACAGCCAAACUCGCUGCUGAGGCAGAGGAUGGUGUGAAGGAUGGAGAUGCUGCCCUGGGAGAGGCUGUGCCAGCCUCGGGUGCCCGCCGGCCGCCCCGGAGGAAGCCGGGUGGGAUUGCCACGGACAAGGGCAGCCGUGUCCCUCUGCUCAAAGGUCGUGUUGACAAGGAAGGGACCGAAGCUGAUGAAAAGAAACCCAAGAAAUCCUCACCUUGCCCUGCCAACCCCUGUGGCUCCACUGCCCCCAUCCAGCACGCAGCCCCUCUGAAAGCAGCACCCAACAGCCCUGCCAGUGCCUCCAAACCACCCUGCAGCCCUGCCAGUGCCUCCCAACGAGCCUGUCCUGCCACCCCCCAGGAAAGCAGAGCCAAGGGCCCGGAGGCGCGGGCUGGCUCCAAGACGGGCGCGGCGCGCGCGGGGCAGGCGCAGCGGAACUCCACCAACGCCACCCGCAUCCCGGCCAAGACCCCCACGGCCCCCAAGACCCCUCCCAGCUCCGGCAGAAAGGAGCAGAAAAAGCCACCUCCUGCAGCAGCAAAGACUGAGAAAGGUGAGCAGCCCAAGUCCGGAGACAGAAGCGGUUACAGCAGCCCCGGCUCCCCCGGGACUCCGGGCAGCCGUUCCCGCACCCCCUCUCUGCCCACCCCACCAGCCAGGGAGCCCAAGAAGGUGGCGGUGGUCCGCACGCCCCCCAAGUCGCCGGCCUCCGCCAAGACCCGCGUCCCGCCCGCCGCCGCGCCCAUGCCCGACCUGAAGAACGUCAAGUCCAAAAUCGGCUCCACCGACAACCUGAAGCACCAGCCCGGAGGCGGCAAGGUGCAGAUAAUUAAUAAGAAGCUGGACUUUAGCAGCGUUCAAUCCAAGUGUGGCUCAAAGGAUAAUAUCAAACACAUCCCGGGCGGAGGCAGUGUGCAGAUAAUUAAUAAGAAGCUGGACUUUAGCAGCGUUCAAUCCAGGUGUGGCUCAAAGGAUAAUAUCAAACACAUCCCGGGCGGAGGCAGUGUGCAAAUCGUUUACAAGCCAGUGGACCUGAGCCAUGUGACAUCCAAAUGUGGUUCCCUGGGCAACAUCCACCACAAACCAGGUGGUGGCCAGGUGGAGGUGAAAUCUGAGAAACUGGACUUCAAAGAUAAGGUGCAGUCGAAAAUCGGGUCCCUAGAUAACAUCAGCCACGUCCCUGGAGGAGGCAAUAAAAAGAUUGAGACUCACAAGCUGACCUUCCGCGAGAACGCCAAAGCCAAGACCGACCACGGCGCCGAAAUCGUCUACAAGUCCCCGACCAUCUCCGGAGAUGCCUCCCCGCGCCGCCUUAGCAACGUCUCCUCCACCGGCAGCAUCAACCUGGUGGACUCCCCCCAGCUGGCCACGCUAGCCGACGAGGUGUCCGCCUCGCUGGCCAAGCAGGGCUUGUGAUCGCGGCGCGGCGGCCACCAGGAGAGAAGACAAGGAAAGGAAACGAAAAAGAAAAGAAACAAAAAUAAUAAUCUGGCCUUCUUCCUCUGUUCCUUUUACAGCUGCUUCCCCGUCCCUAACUGGUUAAUGAUUUAACCUGCUUUUACUGUUCAUUCAGCUCUAGCUCCAGGACUUCAAAAUCAGUGACACUAUGAGGUACAAAACCUCCUCUCCCCCUGCUCCUCGGAGCGCACAGCCCGUCCCGUCGCGUCCCCGCGCUGCCCCCGCUCCUGCCCUCGCUGUCCCAGCCCUGCCCGGGGCCCCGGCGAGGCGGGAGGGGGCCCGAGGGGCGGCC